AGUCUCGCAUAUGUAUAAAAGUCGUACGCGGUGAGAUUUUGCCGCCUGGUUUUCCGGUACGAUUAUAGGUUAUCAUCUGUUAUCAUCCUAUAUCGUGUUGUUUGAUUAUUUUUGUGCGUCGAUGGUCCCUGUCGAUGCUUCAAGGCAUUAUCGCCUUUAUUUGCAAUCAAAUUCAACAUCUGGUAAAACCAGUCCUCGGGGAUAUACAAUAACCAAGAAUCGGUUUUGAGUCUUUCUUGCUAGCAUCGACGCUGAACGGUUCUUUUUGGAACAGACGCUACAGACAAAAUGCCAAGACCAAGAGUAUAUACACGCUCUGUUUUAACCAAACGUCCACUCCAUAUGACAUUAAACUUAGAAUGUACAGAAGAACCUCUGAGCGAAGCACAGUUAACAUCAAGAACAAAACACAAAGAGGAUUAUACUAGGGUGACAGCAAUUUUAGAAGAACUAGUUAAAGAUCAUGGCGGUAAAUUGGUCUGUCAAGCAGGUGUUGUCAGUGGUUAUCAGUACACAUUACCUACAAAUCCAACAACAACCCCGGCAGUAAUGCCAAAUAAUCCUCAGAUAUUAAAUGUUACCCAGCAAAACAAAAACACAGCACCAAUCAAACUAAAUAUCAGUAAUCCAACUGGAUCUCAAGGGAAUAUUCAAUUAGUAGUUGAUCCACGUAUGGGAGGUAUUAUAGGAGGAACAACCACUACAACUACAUCUGUGGUUUCAACAACUGCACCUCAACAAGAAAAUUACAAGUAUACCAGGUCUGGGAGAAGAACAAAAGUUCUUCAAACACAACAGCCUGAUAUUAUAGAAGAGCCUGCAUCCACAGUUACUCGUUCGAGACCAAAGACUGGAUCAGCAACGCAUGUGGUUACAUCAGCUACUAUCCCACAAAAUACGACAAGUCUUAGGAUAAAAGCUAUCAAUAAACAACAGACAGUAAGUCAAUCAACUUUCAAACCUACUGAGCAAACUAGUGUAGGAGGAAUAUCUGUUGGCUAUAAUACAGGCAAUGAACAAAUUGAUGAAGCCAAAAAGAAUCAACCUGAUGGCAGAGAAUUUACAUUUAACAAAACAACCGGUGGUCGAACUUUUCCAUCUUUAGUAGUAGUAGCAAGGCCGAAUUUACGUAGCAAAGAUAUCGGAUCACAAAUUGCACAAAAAGAAAGACAAGCAUUAGAUGCCAAAGUUAAAAGCGUGCUCAUGUUUUCUGCUACGAAAUUCGCUGAAUGGUUAAUACAACAGGGUUUAAUAAGAUCGGAACAAUAUUGUUCGCAACACAGCUCAAAUUAUCAACGGACUAAACUUAAAUUGGGAAUGUACAGUGAUCAAGGAACAUUUCCUUAUUCGGGUGGUUAUGUUUGGAUAUCUAGUUGUUGUCCUGAUAAAUUUGUCUCUGUUUUUUCUGGUUCUCUCUUUCAAGGGGCUCCUUAUACACCUACAGUCCUGUUAAAAUUGAUUUAUCAUUGGGCGUGUCAGACUAACGUGCAAAACGUAAUUUCCUGGGUGAAAGUGUCUAAUUUAUAUUUGAAAAAUUUUUAUACGAAUUUACGUAGUGUAUGUACAUCAACAGUAUGGGAUAAGAGUCGUAAAAUGGGCGGUAAAAAUUCGGUGAUACAGAUUGGCGUAAUAAGUUUGGGUACUACAUCGCAAGAUGGACAUAUGCGACAGGUCAAAGUCGAGGUUCUCGGUGUUUUUGAUCCAACUACAUUGGACAUACGAUUGCGCGCUUGUGAACCGAUGCAAAACGGAGAUAGAUCAUUCAAAAGACGGUUUAAUAAUAUCUUACACCCAUUGAAAGACUGGGUUCAUACAGAUUCGAAAAUAAUGACUGACUUUACCGUUGAUAAGGGCACCUUGCAUGACAUGGGCUACAGUGAUGUUGUGCAACUUGCAUUUGCUGAACAGACUAAAAAUGUAAUGAGUAAUUACCAUAUCAUGGAAUAUCUUCGAAAAAUUGUCCCAAGAAUGUUUCAAAACACAUUGAGUUUGCUCAGCAGACAAAUGAUACAACAAUUCUUAGACGAAUUAAUAUGGAGAGAGAUGUAUGGAAAUACAUCGGAACGUGCAUUUGACAAUAUUAUUCGACACAUUUCGGAACAAACCAAACUCGAUUCCAACGAUAAUCUGCUAGAUCGUUUAGCAAAAAUCGCAUCUAAUCCAUUUCACGAUUGGUCUUACUCGAACAAAUCAUCGCCAGUGAUAGAUUCAACUCCAAUAACUGAUGUAUCAUCGGUUCAGAAUAAAAUUCCUGAUACUAUUUCAAUAAAAGUGUCUAGUCUGAAACGAAGCAGAAAACGAAAUUAUCCUAUAAUAACUUCGGAACACGAACUGCAAAGAACAAUUAAUUUAAAGAAUAAUAAAGAAAAAGAUGAUAAAGGUGAAAAGGAACCGAAAGAGCAAAUUCAGCUCCAAGAAUUGUAUUAUGCUACAAUGGAAGGUGAUCAGAAUCAUCUUAAAGAAUAUAAAUCUCCAUUAUAUUUCAAGUGUUUCCUCUGUACAAUGGUGAUGAGGUCUAAUACUGAAGUGAUGGAGCAUAUGGUUAAUCAUGUACCCCCGCAAGUGCCCGGUCAAUCGGAAUUGUCAAUAUGUCGUUACUGUUGCACCGCGCUUUCAUCGCAGCAUCAGAUGCUUAUACACGUGGCAGAAACACACAGCAAUUUUGGUCAUUCUGAUGGCCCCAUGGUAGUUUGUGCUAUUUGUGAAGAGAAAUUCGGAAAAAGCAAAUCGUUAAUCGAGCACCUAUCAUUGAUGCAUUAUCCUUCGGAAAUGCCAUAUCGUUGCGAAAGUUGCGGUUAUCGCACAUCCAGUCAUAAGGAUGUCAUAGAUCAUUAUUAUAAAAUUCACAAAAAAGGAGAAGGAUUGCAGUGCCCUUAUUGCCUUAAGGUAAUACAAUUUGCGAACGAGGGGAAUCCAAGUGCGUCCAAUGUUCACGCUUAUUUGUCGCACAUGCAAAGGCACGUUGUAAGAAGGGAUCAAGGAAGAGGCAAUAAAUGUUCAAGAUGUUGCCUCUGGUUCAAUCAAAAGAGUUCGUUAACGAUACAUCAGCGAGAAUUGCAUGACUAUGUUUUUAAUUCAAAAGCGGUACCAUAUUCUGCUGGCAAAAAUGGAAUAAUGAUCCCGAAAGAACGGCCAGAAAUGAAACGAUUUAUUGUAGAUAGUCCACCGCCCGAGUUACCACCGGAUGAAAAGAUACAAAAAUGGGAUACUGGACCAAUAUCAGUGAACACUUCCGUCAGAUAUUUAGCAUGCCAGGAGUGCGAAGAAGAUAUUGAGGAAGAAGAUCAUUAUCCAGGCGAACAGCGGUGUCAACAAUGCCGUUACGUCACAUGCUGUUGGCGUGCAUUCCAAGAACACCAACAACAAAUUCACAAUGAAAGGCCGAAGACCAGUUUGAUCGUGCCAUCGCCUUUAAUUAACAUCCCGCUAGAAAAAAAACUGCAGUGCCUGUGCGGUUAUACGUCGACUGAUGGCAAUCGAUUAGCAAGACACUUGACAAAGUGUAAAAAAGUAUUGGCACGUCCUAUUGAAGAAUCAGCACCAUCUGGUAUGCUCGACAGUUUAGGAUUAGUUCCGAAAACCUCUUCUGAAGAAGCUGAUACGUUCGAGAAAUCCAAUUAAAUGUGACAAAAAAACAAAAAUGUAAUUGCUAUUAAUAAAGUGAAUUAAUUCUGUAUUAGGGAUGAAUGAGAUAUAUAAACUGAUAUGAAAAAGAUA